GCCAGGUCCAUGUCGAAACCAGCCGAGAACCUACCUGCCUGCCGCGUCGCGAAGCGUGUUCUUAUAAGCAAGGUGAUAGACUAGAUAACUCGCAACACCAACCGCAGCGUACACCAGCCAGGCCGGCUGCUCAGCCCGACGCUUCCUUCACCCCCUAGACCGCGCGCCCCAAAACACCAACGCCAUCAACAGCAGCUCGGCUCCAUCUCAACCUCGUGCCUUGUAAAGAAGCUCCAGGACCUGGUAUCCAUCGACUUGUCUCCAAAACAACCUCUCCCGGGAACCCGCAUCGCAAUUCCCUGCAAUCCCUUGGCUGCAUCACGGUUCGUCCACAACAAAGGGCAGCAUUCUUAGCACGGGCUGCCGCCAAACAAUGCAUGCCGGUUCCAACAGUCGCAUUCGCAGCAACUCAGCCAUGGCCGAUGACGAUAUGAAGCACGAGGAUGGCGGUCCCGACGUCAGGAUGGCCGACUCGAAGCCCACCUACAAGUCGUGGAAGAAGAAGUACCGCAAGAUGCGAAUCAAGUUCGACCAGAAGAUGUCGCAGGGCGAGGACCUCUACCAACAGGAAGUCAAGGCCAUGAGGAAGAUUAAGCAAUUGGCCAUCUACAACGACCGCCUCCUCGACCUACUCACAGACAUCAACAACCGCCCACAGAUCCCCACAGAGAAACGCAUCGAUGUCAGCCUUGACAUUCCUUCUGAUGCCGAGGAAGGUCUCAUCCUCGGCAUCGACAGGGCGCCCCGGCCUGGCCCUCGUCCCGCCAAGUCACUGAAAGACCUCAUCAAGGACACGCCACACCUUGAUUUCGCCGCCACCGCUGAGCGCCUCCCUGAGCUCGCAGCAGACCUUCUUACCGGCAUAGACUCACCCGCCGCUGAGGCCACCCACCAGCAACACCCGCCCUCGUUCCUUACUGCCGACGACAUUGACAACUACUUGUGGGAGGUUGACAUGCAGGCCAGGGCUGAAGCCGAGGAGCGUGGCGAAGACGUCGAGAUGCUCCCCACGCUCGCCCCUCUGGCCCGUGAUAGCGCCGCUGGCAGCCAUGGUGCCGGAAUCCGUGGUGCCACCCCCUCUUCGGGUCUUCCUAAUGCCAAAGACACCUCGGCUGCCGGAGCCAGCAGCAUCAGCACCACGAGCCGGGACUUUGCGCUACGGAAUCCAGUGAGUGUAUACAACUGGCUGAGGAAGAACGCACCAAAGACUUUCCUACAAGACAACGAGACCGGCGAGGAAAAGAAGGAGAGGGGCCACAGCGGCGAGAAGCAGUCUCGCAAGGCCCACCGCGCGAUAGAUGAGGAUGAUGACGACGACGAGGCUCGAACUCCUGCCAGGAAGGCGACAGGCGCAGGCCGCAAACCGAGCGGCGAAGGCGGACGGGCAAGCACGGGGGCAGCGCGUGCCAAGGGCGAACGGGCACCCAAGGCCGAGCGGGCACCCAAGAGGGCCAAGGCAGCGUCCGGUAAGGUCAAGCGGCAGUCGAUGGACGAGACUAUGUAUGACCUGGACGAUGAGAUCGGCUUGCAGGCCGCGAAUGCGAAGGCAUCCGCCACCAAAGGCAAGCGAAAGCGCGUGGCCGUUGACGACGACACGGGCUACCGCCCUAAGGGAGGGUCAAGCCGUAGGCCGAUCAAGAGACGCACCAAGAUGGGUGGCUCUGUCACCUUGUAUCCAGACGACAGCAUCGAGGCUUCUGGCAAAGUCGACAGUCCGCUGGGGAAGAAGGCGGCAAAAUUGAGGGACUCGGCCGAUGAGACAGCAUCGGUAGACGCAGAGGCCGAGAUGGAGGAAUGAACCGUCUAAGAUUUUGCUGGAGGAGCACACAGCCGGAGAGGAGUAGGGGGAGGUACCUAUGUUUUAUUCAAUAUGUUUCGCUGCAAUUUCGCGGUGGGAGAGAGCCCGCAGUCAAGAAGGCUGCAUCCUGCGACGGGAUAUUGGACGAAUUAGUUGAAUUCGAGUUUUUUUUGUUAUCCUUCGAAA